AUGACGAUAUCUGCGCAAGCAUCAGUGGUUAUGUCAAAACGACUUCUGAGAACUUCCAUACGCUCAGUGAAGCAAAUCACCUCAGCAACUCGGAUUGAACCUUCUAAGAGUAUCGCAAAAAAUGAGCCACAAUGUUCGUAUGUUCCACGCGAACCAUGCACAUCAAAGAUUGAUGAAAGCCUCGUGGAAGAGCCACCUGUAUUUGACAAGAAGUUGAUAACACAUUUGGAACGACUGUCCUUGGUGAGAUUCAGUGACGAAGAAGCAGUGGCACAUCUGAGGAAAGCGGUCAAAUACGCGAAUCAGUUAAAAUUGAUCGACACAACGGGUGUUGAACCAAUGGAAACAGUCCUAGAAAAUUUGGAAUGUCCGUUGAGAGAAGAUAAAGUCGAGCAAACGGUUUCAAAGCAAGAGAUACUAUCAAAUGCGGUCGAAUUGGUCGAGGAUUAUUUUGUGACGCCACCAGGAAAUAUCCCUUUGGAGGAAUCUCCAGCGAAGUUGGAUCUGAGGAAAGUGAACGAGUGGGAUUGGCUCGCGAUGGAUAAAAAGAACUAG